GCUUUUUACAUACACUUCAUAAAAUGUAUUUAGGUAAUGCGAAUACCAUUCUAAUCUGAGGUGUCUGUUCUGUACUUGAGUAGCCUAAUGACUGUGUCUUCUGCUCUUCUCUCUUACCUUGCACUGUCUGAUUAUAUUUUGCCUUCAAAAACAUAUAGCGGGGUUAAGUUAGUUUUGGAUAUUCGUGACACAUUCAGAGAUAAACGGCAAUAAAUAUUAUCCAGCACUGUAUUUUAAAAUGACAUAACACAAAGACCACAAGGAAGAGUAUACUAGACUUACGUUAACCUCAGGAAUUUUCAUAUCAAACGCAUACACGUCAUUAGCCUACAUCAGCGCGGGAUGCACUCUAUGGAAAAACCUCACAGAGAAUUAAAGUCGUAGCUGAUUGAACAAACUAGACACCUGAACUGUACUCGGAAACCGACGGAAUGCAGGUCAUUCUGUUUGCAGCUACAGUGCUCUUUACGCACGACCUCGCCGUGGCUGAGUCGAAGACGAAAUGUCCAUCCAAGUGUGAUGUGAGUAAAUGCCCGAGCCCGAGAUGUCCGAGCGGGUAUGUGCCCGACCACUGCAGCUGCUGUCUGGUGUGCAGCCAGGGCGAGGGCGCGCCGUGCGGGAGGAAGGAUGAUGCUCCGUGUGGCGACGGGCUACAAUGUAGAUUUACAGCCGGUAAGCGACUUUCCAAAGGUGUUUGCCAGUGUAAGACAACUCACAGAGUGUGUGGCAGCGACGGAAAGACCUAUGGGAACGUGUGCAGGAUGAGGGUAGCCGCGCUAAAAGCGCAACAGCGAGGGCUCCCCGAGAUAACCCGAGCGCACAAGGGUCCAUGUGGACCAUCAAGCUCAGGUCCUGCACAUCUGAACAGCCCAAGAUACAAGUUUAACUUCAUCGCUGAUGUCGUGGAGAAGAUUGCCCCUGCUGUGGUACAUGUUGAGCUCUUCCUCAACCAUCCGCUGUUUGGUCGUCAUGUACCUCUGUCAAGCGGUUCUGGAUUUAUAAUGACACAGUCCGGUCUGAUUGUGACCAAUGCUCAUGUGGUUGCUAGCAGCGCACCAGUCACAGGCCGUCAGCAUCUGCGAGUGCAGCUAUACGAUGGCAAGACAUACGAAGCCUCCAUCAGAGACAUUGACAAGAAGUCUGAUAUUGCCACUAUCAAAAUUAACCCAAAGAAAAAAUUACCAGUGUUAUCACUGGGUCAGUCUGCUGACCUGAGGCCUGGUGAGUUUGUGGUUGCCAUUGGCAGUCCAUUUGCGCUUCAGAACACAGUCACAACAGGCAUCGUCAGCACAACACAGAGAGAUGGAAAAGAGCUCGGCAUCCAUGACUCUGACAUGGACUACAUCCAAACUGACGCUAUCAUCAAUGUAAGACAAAAGAGAAUGAUGUUUACAGGCUACAACAACUGUUUAAAAGUUUGUUUUGGCUGAAUUUGAUUCUCUCUUUCCAUUUUUAUUCAUCAACAAUGGGAAUAUGGAAACUCAGGAGGUCCGCUUGUUAAUCUGGACGGUGAGGUGAUCGGAAUAAACACACUAAAAGUCACUGCAGGGAUCUCUUUUGCAAUUCCAUCAGACCGAAUCAAUAAAUUCCUUGAUGAAUCUAAUGAUAAACAGCAGAAAGAUGUAAAAGUCCCAAAGAAAAGAUUUAUUGGAAUCAAAAUGGUCACUUUAACAGAGAACCUAGUCCAGGAGUUAAAAUGGUAUAAUCCAGACUUUCCAGAUAUCAGCAGAGGAAUUCUUGUCCAUGAAGUUGUCCCAGACUCCCCAGCUCAGAAAGGUGGGCUCGAAACAGGUGAUAUUAUAGUGAAGCUAAACGGCCAUCCUUUGGUCAACACUGGAGAACUACAGGAGGCGAUACAGGAAGACAUGCCCCUCCUUCUGGAAGUGCGGCGUGGUAGUGAUGACCUACUGUUUAACAUUGAGCCUAAUAUCCUCAUGCAGUGACAACGUCAGAGAUAGGGAACCAGAGGAGUGAUCAGAAGGACAAGCACAAUUGAAGCAGAUUGCUAGAGACUUAAGUGUGCUUGAGUUUCUACAGAUGAAUGAAGUUAUAGGAGCAAAUGUCAUUGCAUCUGGGUUUCAAAUGAAAAUGGAGGAAAAAAGAAUUGCCAACCAAACCACUUCUGACCAUUUUUAAAAAAUUGUCUCAUAAAUUUAAUUUCCUUCAAGACUGAGUUGGUCUGACUGAGAGAUCAAUAAUCAUUUAGAAAAAUAAAAUACAUUGUAUACAUAGGCUACUGAAUGUUUUUGGCACAUGAAGUGUAUUAUUUUAAAUGUAAAUGAUACUGUUGCUUACAGAAAAUAAGACCAGUCACAGUGUUCUUUGCACACAGCUUUUGUCUAGGCAAUGGCUGAUAUUGUUUAUUUUAUUGAAAGCAUAAUAUUUGUAAAAUGAAUUUUGAUAAGUGACUCAGAUAUUAUUUUUUAAAGUUGACAAAGUCUCUGACACUGUUAUAAUUUACAAUUGACUUUA